UCAAGUAACAACCGUCAGAAGGUUUAUAGGGAUACAGCGUUACUUGCUGUACUUUUUCGGUUCAGAAUGAGUCGGGAUUACUAUGCAUCUUUGGAAGUAAAUGGAAAUGCCACAGACGCCGACAUUAAGAAAGCUUACCGAAGGCUUGCGCUGAAAUACCAUCCUCACACAAAUUGUCAAAGAGGUGCUUAUGAAAAAUUCAACCAGAUUGCUGAGGCCUAUGAUGUUCUGAGUGACCCCAGGAAGAGAGCGACAUAUGACAAGUUUGGGGAAGAAGGUCUGAAAGGGGGCAUCCCGCCUGAGUGUGGAGGGAAUGGGGCUUGGACAACUGGGUAUACCUUCCAUGAAACCCCAGAAAAAGUCUUUAGGGACUUCUUUGGGGGAGACAAUCCUUUUGCAGAUUUCCAUGUGGGGGAUGGAAGUGAGGCGAGCAUUCGGUUUGGGGGUUUACAAGGACGGGGGGUGAAGAAGCAGGACCCCCCAAUAGAGAGAGAUCUGCACCUGUCUCUAGAAGACCUGUUCUUUGGAUGUACCAAGAAGAUCAAAAUAUCUAGACGGGUAAUGAACGAUGAUGGACACACCUCCAGCAUCAAGGACAAGAUCCUAACCAUCAAUGUAAAACCAGGCUGGAAACAAGGGACAAGAAUAACUUUUGCGAAAGAGGGAGACCAGGGACCAAACAGCAUCCCAGCUGACAUUGUGUUUGUAGUACGGGAGAAGAGCCACCCACGGUUUGUCCGGCAGCAGGAUGACCUCGUCUUCACAUCCCGUGUUGAUCUGGAGAAGGCACUAACUGGCUUCUCUGUGGAGGUGGAGACUCUAGAUGGCAGACUUCUCAACAUUCCUGUCAACGACAUUGUGCACCCCAAAUACAGCAAAGUGGUGCCUGGUGAAGGAAUGCCCUUAUCCAACAACCCUAGCCAGAGAGGAGACCUCAUUAUCCAGUUUGACAUCCACUUUCCAGAAAAACUCUCUUCUGAGAAGAAAAGACUAAUCAAGCAGGCCCUGACCACCUGA